GACAGGCCUCCGCUUGGCCUGGACGCAAGCUCGGUUGCAUUGGGAUGAGGAGAUGUGGAAGAAUGUGGUUUUCUCAGAUGAAUCCUCGUUCUCCAUCUAUUCCUCGACACGUGUCAUGAUCUGGCGUGAGCAUGGUGAUGCAGCAAAGUACCAAGCAGGGAACCUUGUGCCGAAAGUACAGAAGAACGGUGGAAGCGUUAUGGUGUGGGGUUGCAUCUCAUGGGAGGGUGUCGGGCCGCUGCACAUCUGUGAAGGGAAAGUCAACAGCGAGCACUAUUCUGAGAAGGUGCUGGAUACUAUAUAUAUACAUUCUUGCCUUGGUUGAAAAACACCAAAAGAAUCCCGACAUAUUCUUCAAGAGGACGGGGCCCCGCAUUCACACUAGCAAGCCCACUUCAGCAUUCAAAAC